CGGGGCAGGGGGGCGUAGACAAAGCGCUACAUGAACUUGCAGCGCGAAAAAGGAGCGCAUGCGCGCUAUGGAAGCGCGCUCGCUCACCGACCGCAUUGCGGCUUGGCCUUCUUUCCCAGUGCACGUGGCAGGAGCGGUGAGAUCACUGCUUCACUCCGAUCCUGGACUGCCGGUCGGAUCCGAGCACCCUGUUCUGAGCUCCCCUUUGCCCCCACACACCUUAAACCCGUGUGCAGGAUCCGUCUCCAUGGAACCACAACCUCCUGAAGCGUUGACCAACGUCGUCUCGGUUCCGCGCCAGCAGCCCAGCUCACAUUCAGAGGCUGGUGUCCAGGCUCUCAGCGCGGGGGAAGGCUCAGGCACCAUGAGUCAGGACACCGAGGUGGAUAUGAAGGAGGUGGAGCUGAAUGAGCUAGAACCCGAGAAGCAGCCGAUGAACGCGGCGUCUGGGGCGGCCAUGGCCGUAGCGGGCGCCGAGAAGAAUGGUCUGGUGAAGAUCAAGGUGGCGGAAGACGAGGCGGAGGCGGCAGCCGCGGCCAAGUUCACGGGCCUUUCCAAAGAGGAGCUGCUGAAGGUGGCGGGCAGCCCCGGCUGGGUGCGCACCCGCUGGGUGCUGCUGCUGCUCUUCUGGCUCGGCUGGCUCGGUAUGCUGGCAGGUGCCGUGGUCAUAAUCGUGCGGGCGCCGCGCUGUCGCGAUCUACCCGUGCAGAAGUGGUGGCACACGGGCGCCCUCUACCGCAUCGGCGACCUUCAGGGCUUCCAGGGCAACGGCGCGGGCAACCUGGCGGGUCUGAAGGGGCAUCUCGAUUACCUGAGCUCUCUGAAGGUGAAGGGCCUUGUGCUGGGCCCAAUUCACAAGAACCAGAAGGAUGAUGUUGCUGGGACCGACUUGCUGCAGAUCGACCCUAAUUUUGGUUCCAAGGAAGAUUUUGCCAGUCUCUUGCAAUCUGCCAAAAAAAAGAGCAUCCGUGUCAUUCUGGACCUCACUCCCAACUAUCAGGGUGAGAACUCAUGGUUCUCCACUCAGGUUGACACUGUGGCCACCAAGGUGAAGGAUGCUCUGGAGUUUUGGCUGCAAGCUGGCGUGGAUGGGUUCCAGGUUCGGGACAUAGAGAAUCUGAAGGAUGCAUCCUCAUUCUUGGCUGAGUGGCAAAACAUCACCAAUGGCUUCGGUGAAGAUAGUCCUGUUUUCUCUGCUUUUCAGCCUGUGGAAGCUCCAGUCAUGCUGUGGGAUGAGUCCAACUUCCCUUAUAUCUCAGCGGCUGUACGUGCCAACAUGACUGUGAAGGGCCAGAGUGAAGAUCCUGGCUCCCUCCUUUCCUUGUUCCGGCGGCUGAGUGACCAGCGGAGUAAGGAGCGCUCCCUACUGCAUGGGGACUUCCAUGCACUCACCUCUGGGCCUGGAUUCUUCUCCUAUAUCCGCCACUGGGACCAGAAUGAGCGUUUCCUGGUAGUGCUUAACUUUGGGGACGUGGGUCUCUCGGCUGGGCUGCAGGCCUCCGACCUGCCUGCCAGUGCCAGCCUGCCAGCCAAGGCUGACCUCCUGCUCAGCACCCAGCCAGGCCGUGAGGAGGGCUCCCCGCUUGAGCUGGAAAGCCUGAAACUGGAGCCCCACGAAGGGCUGCUGCUCCGCUUCCCCUAUGUGGCCUGACCCCAGCCUGACGUAAACCCACUGCCCUUCUCUUUUCCUCCCCAGGCCUUUAGGGUUCUCGUUUUUCUCUCUCUCUCUUUUUUUUUUUUUUCCUUUUUUUUUUAAAAAAACAGUCUUGCAGAUUAUAAGUGAACCCCCAAAUAGGGUGUUUUCUUCCUUCAAAUAAAAGUCACUCCUGCCUGGUGA